CUCGAGUUUGCAGCUGGCCUAUAGUUUCUGUAAUCCUUUAAGAAGCACUUCUUACAGGUGGCACUUUUCUGAAGUUAUUUGUUGAGAAUUCUCAGCACUUUGCAGAUAUUGCCAGCAGUUUCUAGGUGAGGAGGCCGCGCGGGCCGGGGAGUUUCGGGAGGCGGUGUCGCUCAGCAGGAAUGCCGCCGGUCCCCCGGGGUGAACGAUCGAGGACCUCCGCUGCCUGCCGCCCCUUCCCGAGCCGCCUGGGCUGCCUCCCGCGCCCCCACCGGCUGGCUUAAAAAGAAAAAAAGCACACCAGACACUGACCCCUGGACCCCUGCCGCAUCUCCCCUCGCGAGCACCAAUAUGUGUCAUGUCAUUGUCACCUGCCGCUCCAUGCUCUGGACCCUCCUGAGUAUCGUGGUGGCCUUUGCGGAGCUCAUCGCCUUCAUGAGCGCAGACUGGCUGAUCGGGAGAGCCAAGAGCCGCAGCGGCGCGGAGCCCACGGGCGCCGGCCCCUCCGAGCCCUACCACCCGACCCUGGGCAUCUACGCCCGCUGCAUCCGCAACCCGGGCGUGCAGCACCUCCCGCGGGACACGCUGUGCGGGCCCUACGCCGAGAGCUUCGGCGAGAUCGCCAGCGGCUUCUGGCAAGCCACCGCGAUCUUCCUGGCCGUGGGGAUCUCCAUUCUCUGCGUGGUGGCCCUGGUGUCGGUCUUCACCAUGUGUGUGCAGAGCAUCAUGAAGAAGAGUAUCUUCAACGUCUGCGGGCUCCUGCAAGGAAUCGCAGGUCUGUUCCUUAUCCUCGGUUUGAUACUCUACCCUGCUGGCUGGGGCUGCCAAAAAGCCAUAGACUACUGUGGACCUUAUGCAUCUGCCUACAAACCUGGAGACUGCUCUUUGGGAUGGGCCUUUUAUACAGCCAUUGGUGGCACGGUCCUCACUUUCAUCUGUGCUGUCUUCUCCGCACAAGCAGAAAUCGCAACUUCCAGUGACAAAGUACAGGAAGAAAUCGAAGAGGGGAAAAACCUUAUCUGCCUCCUUUAGUUUGGAAGAGACAUGCUUUUCUUUCUUGGGUGACCUUGUGGAACAGCCAUCAUUUGAAUCAAAGGAGAACUAGCCUUUACCUUCCAAAGCCACCAAUGACGGCUAAGCAGAGCAACCAGACAUAGGGCUGGAAGCAGUGCAAAUGAGAAGGGAUGGACCUCGAACACAGUAUAGAAUCCUGACUGUGGUUGUGCAUUACUGUCAGACUCCACCUCCCCCAGGGCUCCAUGAAGGAUGGAAUAGUGGUCGCAGCCUUCCUCUGGCCACAGAGACCAUUUGCCAGUUCUACAGGCCAUUUGAGGCAUGUUUCUGCCCUAAAAUUGUAUGCCUGUGAGCAUUCUGCCUUAGAAUGAGGUCUGUGGGUCACUGUUUUGGUUUCCUUUUUUAAGUUGUGUGUUAAAGAUUAAAAGGAAGACUACAGACUUACUGGGGACAGGUUGUGUUUGUUAAAGGACACAGCAAAACAGGAACAGAGUGGGAUCCAGGGCAAAGUGGAUUAACUGAAUGGUCACUCCAAGAUUUUAGAAAGUUUUGAGUUAAGGAAGAUUAAGGACCAGUACCUUAUAUGAGAAAAAAAUCUACAGGACCUUGCCAGUGCAGAUUCUUUCCUAGUACCCAAACCAGCUCUGACUCCUCUCCCUCAGAGAUCACAGUUCUGCUAGGGUCAGGACUGGGCUUUGAUUGCCAAAUGAAACCUUGCUGUCCUUCCAGGGACAGCCACGGCCUCUUGUAGAUAGUCACUGGAAGGAGCUGUCAGAACCUUGAGUUUGUAGGGACAGCUCUCUGUCUGUUGGAAAUCAUACUAUAGUCAGGUGACUUCCAACCCCUUCAGCAGAAUGGUAUUCUUUACAGAAAAAAAGGGGGUGCUUCUUGAGUUACUGUUUUGAUCCUGAAACAAAAACAGCCACAGGCCACUAUUAAAAAGGAUUCAGGGCUUCUAAGCUGGUUUCCAUAAAUUAUCAAUAUUAUUGAUUCAGGAAGGUAGUAAUCAGAAUGACCUAAGUAGCCAGAAACAACUAGUCAGGCAUUAUGUGAGGUUUAAGAACUACAGAAUGGUACAGAAACACUCCUGGAACUGCUGGGCUUCUAGAAGGAAUAAAAGCAAGUCUUUUUGGUUUUAUGAAUGUGUUCAUUUGAGGUUUUGUUUUGAAAGUUUAACAAAGAGUUAACUAAGCACCUUCUUUCCUACUGUCAAUAUUGUGUGCUAAAAACUACCACUUAUGCGAGUAACCCUGAUUCAUUUUACAACCUUGCCCUAGUGAAUCAUCUUUAAGCUUUGAGAGUUUAGAAUUAUCCCUGGGUGCAGAGGCAACUAAAGUUUCAUAUGUUAUGGUCUUUGGCUACACCAGAAACCAUCUUACUUCUCACAGAUGAAAGGCAAGAGGGGUGUUAUACCACUUUUCAGUAAGUUCACCACUUUGAACCAAAGUUUAAAAUAAGCAAGGUAGAAACUAUACAGCUUUUUUCAAAGACAGAAAAGAGGUUUCCUCCUAAGCAAUCAAGGGAUCAUGUCUCUAAGCACAUGAAGAAUGGGAAUAGGAGCCAAUAGAUGAGACCCCUGUUCCUGACUGCAUUUAUAAUGUUCUAACUAACAAAGCCCUUGUGCCUACUUAGUUUUCCAAUAUCAGCAAUACUUGACAUUUAAAGCAAUUUUGUCAUCAGGCAAAUCUUGCUCAGUAAUUUUUUUCAUUACAAGAUAGAAAUCUCUAACACUAAUCUCACAAUCUCUUUUCUCCUUAUAGGCAAGUCAUAAGCCUAGAGGAUCCUCUGAACAUAUCACACAUAUCACUUGCUGUUUGGCAGAAGUAGCAGUAUAGUCCUAGAUCAACCUGGCAACAGUCACAUGACUGAUUAUUUCAUUAGUCAGAAUGUUAUAGUAGAUUGAAAAGGACACUUGCACAAGUAAAACCUUAAACCACUAAAAACUACCUAAACACUGACUUACUACAACAGACAUCAGUUAAAAACAAAUACUGGGUCUUUUAAAAACUUCAGUCUAUUAGACAGACUUACUUUGCAUUGAAAGGAACAUUAAAAAUCAUUCCAGUCUAGACCAAACCUCUUCUACACAGCUCUUUAAAAACCACUUGACCCACACCUGUUUUCCUAAUAGAACAAUUGCUAAUACCAGAAAAGUCUUAUUUAUUUUGCCUGCAUCUGUUGCUUAAAGUUUUGUGACAAGCUGGGCUUCUCAAUGAACUCUAAAGCAGAAAUAUUUGCCUUGGAGUCUGUGGAUUCUUUAAACCUGUGUUUUAAUUCACAAUGUUACAUUAAAUGAUGUAAGGGUUUUGUAUCAUUUCAAACAUCUGUGGUGUAAUGAAUGAUCUUUGUUAAACAUGUAUUCUGUAAAGUGCCAUAGUCUUUUAUGUGUAGUGUAUUUAAAUAUAUAUAUUAUAUAAAAUACAUACACAGAUUUGUGUGAAAGAUGUGCAAUAACAAAGGUGUAUGUAUGUAUUGUUUUUUUGGAAACUGGACAGGAGUCGAAACGGGGUGUUUCUGUUUUGGCAGAGGAGAAUUACACAUUUUUGCCUGCAUGGCCUCAUCAUUAGCGUAAAACAAUUUUAAUGCUACACAAAUCUUAUGUGAAGAAAUGACUGGUAUGAACUCAUUUUCUCUUGGGUCUAAAAUAAAAUAAUCACUCUAUGUGAGUGAAGCCAGGCCCAGUUAAUGCUAGUCUUUCAUAUGAAAUGUGAAGCUCCCAUGUUGCCUUUUUCUGUUGGUGUGAUAACUAGUAAUUGGUACAUUCUCACUAAGGAGCUAUUUCUUAACAUAGACCAGGUUAAUGCUACACCACUGUUUAAAGGGCUAAUCUCACACCUUCUUAGCCAUGAGUCUGGCUUAGAAUGGAUUUCUCUGUGCAAUAACUUUUGGCCACUGGAAAUCCCUGGCCUCCAGUUGUGUUUGGGUACCAAUGACUCCAUUGGCCCCAAGAGUUGAAGGGAUGACUGGGAUUUCGUCUGAGACUGUGGUGAAACUCCUCCCAAGGCUGAGGGGGUCAAGAGGUGCUUUGGAGGAACUUGGCACCAUUUGAAAUUGAGUAGCCACUUGAGCCAAAUAUAAAAUUGUAUUUACAAGCUGACAGACUCAAUUUGAGCCUUCAAAUUUGUGGUUAUUCUAUUGUAAAGUAAUAUGUUGUUUGUCUAGCAUUUAUUAGAUUUUUAUGCAUAUGUAUUUUCACAGUGUGCUUCCUUCCCCUCCUCAGUUUGAAUUAAACCAGAUUUUGCAAACUCA